CAUGUCGGCCCCCGCCGGGCCCCCGCGCGCGGCCGCCAGCGCCCGGCCCCCGCCCCAGCUCGGCGGGGCCGCCGCCCCGGGAGCCCCGCCGCCCGCGGGCCCGGGCCCGGCGCCGCCCCAGCAGAACGGUCCAGCACAGAAUCAAAUGCAGCUUCCAUCUGGGUAUGGAUUGCAUCCUCAAAACUAUAUUACUCCCUCAGGACAUUACCCUCCAGGACCUGGGAAAAUGACCUCAUUGCCAUUGGAGAGCCAGUGUGGUAAUUACUACUCUGGUGUCUAUCCAGUACCAACUCAAAAUUUGGUAACUCCUAACACAGCGAACCAACAGCCAGGAGCACAGCAGAUGUAUGGCAGGGGUCCUCCUGCCCCUCAUGUUGUGGGAUCCACUCCAGGGUCUUUCCAAGGUGCCGCAUCAUCAGCCUCCCAUCUGCAUACGAGUGCCUCCCAGCCCUACUCCUCGCUAGCGAAUCACUACAGUAGUCCCGCCGUGUACUCUGCCAGCUCUUCUGUUGCUUCUCAGGGAUUUCCCUCCACGUGUGGUCACUACACUCUGUCAACUGUUUCUAAUCCUUCGUAUCCUAGUGUUUCAUAUCCCUCUCUGCCUGCUGGUGAUCCAUAUGGGCAACAAAUGUUUACCUCACAGAACGCUGUGACUGUCAGGCCCGUUAGAGAGCCUUUGUUUCCUGGUCAGAGUGCAGCCGUCACCCACCCAUCGCUGCUCCCUCCUCCACCUGUGCCCUCACAGCAGUACCAGCAGCAGCAGAGUCUUUCAGGAUAUAACACUGUCUCAUGGUCAGCUUCAGGCCUUCCCUUGACCCAAGACAAUCUCGUCCGAAACCACACUGGCUCCCUGGUGUCAGCCAGCAACAACCCAACAAAUACCGUUGCAGAGUCUUUAGCCUGUCCUGCUAUACAAAAUGUGCAGCCUCGCAAGUCCAGCCCUGUAGUAUCUGCUGUUUUGUCAGGAAACUCAUCAACAAGAACACCUCUUGCUGUGAAUCACCCACUUGAGCCUGUGGCCUCAGUUACGCAGCCAGCAGAGUUAUUACAACAGAAAGGAAUGCAGUAUGGUGACUAUGUUAAUAAUCAAGCUAGCUCCGCACCAACUCCCUUGUCAUCAACUUCCGAUGAUGAGGAAGAGGAGGAGGAGGAUGAGGAAGCAGGUGUUGACAGCUCCUCUACUACAAGCAGUGCGUCUCCAGUGCCCAACAGUUAUGACGCCCUGGAGGGAGGCAACUACCCAGAUAUGCUUUCGUCAUCAGCAAGCAGUCCUGCUCCGGAUCACGCGCCUGAACCCGACCCAGUGCCAGCUGCAGCUGCCACAACUUCUCAGCCUUCGAAAAUGGUGAAACCUUUUGGGUAUGGUUAUCCGACUCUUCAGCCUGGCUACCAGAAUGCUGCAGGACCACUUACUUCUGGACCACAGCCCAGCAACCCAGUGUAUUCUGGAUUUCAGCAGUAUGCGCAACAGUAUCCUGGUGUGAACCAGCUGUCCUCCAGUCUGGGCGGGCUGAGUCUUCAGAGUUCCCCACAACCAGAAAGUCUGAGACCGGUGAACCUCACUCAGGAAAGGAACAUUUUACCCACGACUCCUGUUUGGGCUCCUGUACCUAACUUGAAUUUAGACCUCAAAAAGUUAAACUGUAGCCCAGAUUCAUUUCGAUGUACUUUGACGAAUAUUCCACAGACACAGGCUUUACUGAAUAAAGCUAAACUUCCUUUGGGAUUGUUGUUACAUCCUUUCAGAGACCUAACGCAAUUACCGGUCAUAACAUCAAACACCAUCGUGAGGUGCCGGUCUUGUCGGACAUAUAUCAACCCCUUUGUCUCUUUUAUUGAUCAACGGAGGUGGAAGUGCAAUUUGUGCUACAGAGUUAAUGAUGUUCCUGAAGAAUUUAUGUAUAAUCCCCUUACCCGGUCUUAUGGAGAACCUCAUAAACGGCCAGAAGUUCAGAAUUCAACAGUGGAGUUCAUCGCUUCUUCAGAUUACAUGCUUCGUCCCCCUCAACCAGCAGUCUACUUGUUUGUUUUGGACGUAUCCCAUAAUGCAGUGGAAGCUGGGUAUUUGACAAUUUUGUGCCAGUCGUUACUAGAAAAUUUAGACAAGCUUCCUGGAGAUUCCCGAACAAGAAUAGGAUUCAUGACCUUUGAUAGUACUAUUCAUUUCUACAAUUUACAAGAAGGAUUAUCACAGCCUCAGAUGUUGAUUGUAUCUGACAUAGAUGAUGUUUUUCUGCCUACACCGGAUAGCUUACUUGUGAAUCUAUAUGAAAGCAAAGAGCUUAUAAGAGACUUACUGAAUGCAUUACCAAGUAUGUUCACCAACACAAGAGAAACUCACAGUGCCCUUGGCCCUGCGCUUCAGGCUGCCUUUAAGCUGAUGUCUCCAACGGGCGGCCGUGUGUCUGUGUUUCAGACACAGUUGCCUUCGUUGGGUGCAGGGCUUCUGCAGUCCAGAGAAGACCCUAAUCAGCGGUCGAGUACAAAGGUUGUACAACAUCUUGGCCCCGCGACUGAUUUUUAUAAGAAACUCGCUUUAGAUUGCUCAGGGCAGCAGACAGCAGUGGAUCUGUUCCUUUUAAGUUCACAGUAUUCUGAUCUUGCUUCUCUAGCUUGCAUGUCCAAGUAUUCUGCAGGGUGCAUCUAUUAUUAUCCAUCUUUCCACUUUACUCACAAUCCUUCACAAGCAGAAAAGUUACAAAAAGACCUGAAGCGUUAUCUUACAAGAAAAAUUGGAUUUGAGGCUGUUAUGAGAAUACGGUGUACCAAAGGUCUCUCAAUGCACACUUUUCAUGGAAACUUCUUUGUCCGUUCCACUGAUUUGUUAUCCCUUGCCAACAUCAAUCCUGAUGCCGGAUUUGCAGUACAGCUGUCAAUUGAAGAAAGUCUGACAGAUACUUCCUUAGUGUGCUUUCAAACAGCCCUCUUAUAUACAUCAAGCAAAGGUGAGCGGAGAAUCAGAGUGCAUACGCUCUGCUUGCCAGUGGUAAGUUCACUGGCUGACGUCUAUGCAGGAGUGGACGUACAAGCUGCCCUCUGCCUUCUGGCAAACAUGGCUGUGGAUCGGUCUAUUUCCUCAAGUCUGUCGGAUGCGAGAGACGCCUUAGUGAACGCAGUGGUGGACUCGCUGUCUGCCUAUGGCUCGGCGGUCUCUCAUGUGCAGCACUCGGCCCUGAUGGCACCCAGCUCCCUCAAGUUGUUUCCGCUCUAUAUAUUGGCUCUUCUCAAACAGAAAGCAUUUAGAACUGGUACAAGCACACGUCUGGAUGAUCGUGUGUAUGCUAUGUGUCAGAUAAAGUGUCAGCCCCUUGUUCAUCUGAUGAAAAUGAUUCAUCCCAACUUAUACAGGAUAGACAGGUUGACCGAUGAGGGCGCAAUACAUGUUAAUGACAGAGUUGUACCUCAGCCACCUCUCCAGAAAUUGUCUGCAGAAAAGCUGACAAGAGAAGGUGCUUUCCUUAUGGACUGUGGCUCUGUUUUUUACAUUUGGAUUGGAAAAGGCUGUGACAGUAACUUCAUAGAAGAUGUCCUUGGGUAUCCUAAUUUUGCAUCAAUACCACAGAAACUGACACAUCUGCCAGAGCUAGAUACACUUUCAUCAGAAAGAACCAGGUCCUUUAUAACCUGGCUUAGAGAAAACAGACCACUAAGCUCGAUUCUUCACGUGGUAAAAGAUGAGAGUCCUGCCAAAACAGAGUUUUUCCAGCAUUUGAUUGAAGACCGGACAGAAGCUGCAUUCUCUUAUUACGAAUUUUUGGUUCAUGUUCAGCAGCAGAUUUGUAAGUGAGGUGGCAUAACGUUUAAUCAAGCGUGAAGACCAUGACUUAGGUAAAGCAUAAUCUGUCAGAGAAGCACAUAGACCAUUUGGAAUGAAGGCAUUCCUUGUUACGAGGGACUGUGCGUAGCAUCGCACCUGUCUGUGGCUUUGUUAAAAGGUAAAGGGGAGGGAAGGACUUAAUGGAGCCUUCAGCCUAAAUGAAUGGUUAUGACGUUGUGAUGAUGCUGUUUCACCCAGCAUGUUUGAAUUGGUUUCCACACAUUUCCAGUAGUCCAGCAGGUCAGUGCUGCCCAUUGUCAGCUGGUAGACUUACGUAGUGAGAUGUCAUAAUGUAAAGUUAGGUAAAUUCUUUUUUCUUAUAAUUAAUAUAACAUUUCUGGACUCAUACUCUGACAAGAGAUGCCAACAGGCAGUGGUACCUUGGUAUUUGUUUAUAUGAAUUACUUUUUAACAAGGAAUGAUACAUGUUCAUUAAAUGAAUUCAAUAUUUUCCCUGUACAAACAAUAGAGUUUCAGUACUCGAACUAUAGAGAAUAUAUAUAAUGUACAUAAAUGUUACAUUUGUAAAGAAAUGUAAAAAUGUAACUACACAGAAGAUGAAUUGCUUAAACUGUGCUGCAUUGUUGGGUGACAGCUCUUUUCGUCCCAGUUAGAGAAUGAGGUUGACUAAUGCGUAUUAUGAAUUGAGUCCACAAAAGAAACACAAAACUCUUUGUAAUUCUGUUAAAUCUUUUAUGUGGAUUUAUUUAUGAUCAGCCUACUAAUUAAAAAUAUUUUGCUUGACAA